AUGCCGCCAUUCAACAUCCUAAUCGUAGGCGGCGGUCUCGGCGGGCUCGCCACCGCAGUCUCGCUCUCGCAAGCCGGACACCACGUCACAGUCCUCGAGUCAACAUCCAAGCUGCAAACCAUUGGGGGCGGAAUCACUAUUCCGUCGAACUCAAUGCGGUGUUGGGACUACCUUGGCUUGAAGAAACGGCUGCACGAGGCGGCUGAGGCGAAGGGCCCGGAACGGAGACGCUUUUUGAGGUAUAAUGGGGAGUUUGUUUGUGAUACGGGGAGUAGGGAGAAGUUGUAUAAGUAUGGCAGCAUCGUCGUACAUCGUGCUCCCUUGCAGCAACUACUGCUUGAAGCAGCCACUGAAGCUGGUGCCAAGGUUCAAGUGAACACGAGAGUUAUAGACAUUGAUGAGAGUGACGAGUCCCCUGUUGCCAUUACCAAGGACGGCCAAAGAUUGGAAGCCGAUCUCAUCAUUGGUGCCGACGGUGCAAAAUCUGUGAUGAGGACUCUCCUCCAUCCAAACAUUCAAUUGAGAAGCUCAUACAAUAUAUAUCGAGCGGUCAUUCUGGGAGCAACGUUCAAAGACGAUCCCGAAGUUGCUCAUCUACUAGAUCAUUCGACCAUCUGGUGGGGUCCUCAUCGCGCUGUCGUCGGAAUCCCGGUUCAGAACGGAGAAUACUACUCUUUGGAAUGUUGUCAUCCUGGUGACACUGGAACAGCAGGAGAUUGGAACAAGAAAGGAGAUGUCGAUCAAAUGAAGGAAACGUUUUCUGACUUUGAGCCACAUGUCACAAAGAUGAUGCGGCUCGUGAAACCAGACGAUUUGCUAGUUUGGAAGCUGAACUCUCUUCCAGAACUUGACACUUGGUCUUUCAAAAGUGGAAAAGUAACUCUAUUGGGUGACUCGGCUCAUGCCAUGCUGCCGUUUUCUGGCCAGGGACAUGCCAUGGCAAUCGAAGACAGUGUAUGUCUUGCUGACUGCCUCGCCAGAACAGCGUUUACCUCAGAUAUCCCUACAGCUUUGAAGAUGUUCGAAACUAUUCGAAAACCCAGAACGAAAUUGAUCAGUGAUUUCGGAGAAAGCAUGGCUCGUACAUGGCAACUACCUGACGGUGAAGAGCAGCGCAAGCGAGAUGAAAUAUACCGGAAAACGCCAUACUUCAGUACUUCGAAUUGGGAUGGAAAGCAUAUUGAUGAG